CAAAGUCCACCGGCAAGCUCACAUGAUUGUCAUCCCUUCCAGCGGUCGGCUCCGCUUCGGCUCCGUCUAGUUCUUCUUCUUAAGGGAUUCUGUGCUCCUUUUCUUGAACUAAUCUGCAGCGAUUUUGAAUCCCUAGCUUCGGAUUCGAGUGUUCUUCCCCCGAUUGCAGCAAGUACGCUUUCUCGUGUACGGUGUAUCUCUCAUCUUUGCGAUUCAAGGGAUUCUAACUAGAUGCUCGGAUCUGGACGCCUGUGAACUCCUCGGCGCCAGGGGAACGUGCUCUGGUCACGGGCAGCGGUUGCGAAGCUAAACCACGACGAAUGUACCUCCUUUUCCAUCCAUCAUAAAUUAAACGGUUGGGUUGGAGACGGCUUGGAGAGGAGGGCGCACACUGCGUGUAAAGUUCCUAUCUAGUUCGAUGCACGGAGGUUGAUGCCGAGUUGCAAAAUUAAGCAAAGUACAUUCUUGUUUGGUCAAAUUAUGCAAGAAUGACAUUCCGGAACCAGCAGUAUCCAGUCCAUGGUUAGUUCUGUAGUUUUUCUCACUUGACAAGUAAUCUAAUGGCAACUGAUGUUGAUGAAGCCUAUCAAGGGUGGUCUCCAGAGCUCUCUGAUGGAUAUGAUUCACAUGAAAUUCCAGCUUCUCAAAUACUUGAUCAUGGUUCCAUUUCCUUUGGAAGAUUUCCAGUUGAAACAUUGUCAUGGGAAAGGAGGUCAGUUUUUACUCACAACAGAUGUCAGGAAGAGCUGGAGAAGUUCAAUGGUCUAGUUGCAAAAAAGAAAGCCUAUUUUGAAGAACGUUAUAGAAAGAUUAGAGCAAUGAAGGCUGAGCAGAAUCAGCAAACAGAACUUACAUUGGAUUAUAGCGGUGAUGGUAGCAUUUCUAGUCAAAGUGGAGAAGAAGAUGCAGCAUCUACACAGCAUGACAAUUUUAGAGAUGUGAAAGAGUUCAAUGUUCAUUCUUCCUCAGAAGAAGGUAAACCUGGGAGGGCCUAUCAACAAGAAGUCAGCUACAGUGAAUCCUUUGAAGAAAAAUGCUUAUGUCCAGAGUCCACACUACCUAAUCUCAUUUCACCGAUAGAAAUUCUGGAUAGCCCUGAGCAAGAUAAGAACACUGUUGACACUUUGCUAGUGCAGCCAUUAGAAACUGCAUUAUCAUUACCUCACACAACCGAUCUAGAAGAGAAAUCACAUUUUAAGAGCAAUCUUGACAAUAAAGAGGUCUUGCAGAAACAAUGGGACAAGGUAUUAGAUCUCGAGUCCAAAAGACAAGGAACAAUAUUGAAUACAAGCAAAGCAAACUCUGAUCAGUGGCUACCAAUUGGAAAAUCUUUGGAUUACAAAUCAAUUUCUUUUAUUAAGGAUCUUGCAUCAGGUAGAAACAUUAAAGGAGAAACUAAGGUGAAUGUGGUUCAGUCAUCAAAGGGAGUAAGAACAUCAGAAAAGAUAGCCACUCAAACUCUGAUCAUGGCACCAACUUGUAGAGUCAAUGGCAAUACUAGGCCUAACUUGGUCACUUCAAGUAAACCACCUGUAAAAACACAUUCUACUAUCACUACCCCAGGUCCAUUUACCCUUGUAAUGGAAAGAAGAGCAAUCAAAAGACGAAGUACAGAAAAGCUGACCUCUGGGGGUUCAAACAUGCAUGUAUAUAAGCCAAGUCAUGCGAAAGAUAGUUCAAGUCUACAGGUUACAACAAAGAAAGAUGCUGCAACAAGCAGAUUGAUAAAACAAAGAGGACCAGAAGUUAAAAGGGACAUAAAAGGAGUAAGAGGCAUGCCCUUGGCAGUCGACAAUCACUCUAAUAGCUUGAAGAGAGCUGAGGCACAUGUUGUGCCACCCAAGUCAAGGUCUGUUAACCUUCCUUAUAGGACCAAGCUUACAACUUGUGUUGGAGUUGAUUCCCAAUGUCAAACAGCCAAAGGAACUAAACAGAAAGAGGGAAAUGACAAAGGCAGGCAAUUUCAAAGAAUUGAUGCAAAGACAGCUCCUGCAAUGUCUGGGAAUGUAACGGUGACUAAGAAGCCAUUUGUCACUCGAGAGACGCAUUCAUCUCAUGGAGGGAGAAAAUCAAGGGUCGAUAAUCUAUCUGUCUGUGACAGGAAAAUGAGGAGAUCAGGGACACCACAAUGGCGAUAACCUGAACGUUUAAGAGCCACUUGAUCUGAGAUGCAAGAGGAUGACUUCCAGAAACAUCAUCUGGUAUUGCACAGUCGAACUGCAUCACCAAUGCACAUCCUGUUUUAGGAGGCCUUGUAGCUUUGCUAGGUAGUCGUGUAGUAUCUAUGCAAGUUGCUGCUGUACAAAUAUGUAACAUAUUUAUCUUGCUAGAAGUCCUAAAAUUUGUUUAACUAAAAUCGCCUAUCCUUGUUUAAGAAUGUGCUCAUCUACUGUUGUGGGCUAUGUACGAAUAAUGAACUGUAUAUUUGUCAUGCAAGCUGUCAUGCACAUUUGUGGAAUCAAA